GCGAGCGCGAAACCGGAAGUGGCUUUUUCUUCUUGCACAGCUCCGGGAAUCCCUUUCCGGUUAGCCUUAGGGUGUCCGCGUUGGAAUAGAAUAUUUCCUGAAAAGAGGGCUGGGAGGUGCUUGUCCACCGCGCCUGAUUCGAGACGCGUCCGCGCUGGGAGACUAGGAUGUCGGACACGUGGAGCUCUAUCCAGGCCCACAAAAAGCAGCUGGACUCGCUGAGGGAGAGGUUGCAGCGGAGGCGGAAGCAGGACUCGGGGCACUUGGAUCUACGGAAUCCAGAGGCAGCACUGUCCCCAACCUUCCGUAGUGAUAGUCCAGUGCCUACUGUACCCACCUCUGGUGGCCCUAAGCCCAGCACAGCUUCAGCAGCUCCUGAACUAGCUACAGACCCUGAGUUAGAGAAGAAGUUGCUACAUCACCUCUCUGAUCUGGCCCUCACAUUACCUACUGAUGCUGUGUCCAUCCGUCUCGCCAUCUCCACGCCAGAUGCCCCUGCCACUCAGGAUGGGGUGGAAAGCCUUCUACAGAAGUUUGCAGCUCAAGAGUUGAUUGAGGUAAAGCGAGGCCUCCUGCAAGAUGAUGCACAUCCCACUCUUGUGACCUAUGCUGACCAUUCCAAGCUCUCUGCCAUGAUGGGUGCUGUGGCAGAAAAGAAGGGCCCUGGGGAGGUAGCAGGGACCAUUUCAGGACAGAAGCGUCGUGCAGAACAGGACUCAACCACAGUAGCUGCCUUUGCCAGUUGUUUGGCCUCUGGUCUAGCCUCUUCAGCAUCAGAACCAACCAAGGAACCAGCCAAGAAAUCAAGGAAACAUGCUGCCUCAGAUGUUGACCUAGAGAUAGAAAGCCUUCUGAACCAACAGUCCACUAAGGAACAACAGAGCAAGAAGGUCAGUCAGGAGAUCCUAGAGCUAUUAAAUACUACGACAGCCAAGGAACAGUCCAUUGUUGAAAAGUUUCGCUCUCGAGGUCGGGCUCAAGUGCAAGAAUUCUGUGACUAUGGAACCAAGGAAGAGUGCAUGAAAGCCAGCGAUGCUGACCGGCCCUGUCGCAAGCUGCACUUCAGACGAAUCAUCAAUAAACACACUGAUGAGUCUUUAGGUGACUGCUCUUUCCUUAACACGUGUUUCCACAUGGAUACUUGCAAGUAUGUUCACUAUGAAAUUGACGCCUGCAUGGAUUCCGAGGCUCCCGGCAGCAAAGACCAUACACCGAGCCAGGAACUUGCACUUACACAGAGUGUUGGAGGUGACUCCAGUGCAGAUCGGCUCUUCCCACCUCAGUGGAUCUGUUGUGAUAUCCGCUACCUGGACGUCAGUAUCUUGGGCAAGUUUGCAGUUGUGAUGGCUGACCCACCCUGGGAUAUUCACAUGGAGCUGCCCUAUGGGACCCUGACAGAUGAUGAGAUGCGCAGGCUCAACAUACCAGUACUGCAGGAUGAUGGCUUUCUCUUCCUCUGGGUCACAGGCAGGGCUAUGGAGUUGGGCAGAGAAUGUCUGAACCUCUGGGGUUAUGAACGGGUAGAUGAAAUUAUCUGGGUGAAGACAAAUCAACUGCAACGCAUCAUUCGGACAGGCCGUACAGGUCACUGGUUGAACCAUGGGAAAGAACACUGCUUGGUUGGUGUCAAAGGAAAUCCUCAAGGCUUCAACCAGGGUCUGGACUGUGAUGUGAUCGUGGCUGAGGUUCGUUCCACCAGUCAUAAACCAGAUGAAAUCUAUGGCAUGAUCGAGAGACUGUCCCCUGGCACUCGCAAGAUUGAGUUAUUUGGACGACCACACAAUGUGCAGCCCAACUGGAUCACCCUUGGGAACCAACUAGAUGGGAUCCACCUCCUAGACCCAGAUGUAGUUGCCCGAUUCAAGCAAAGGUAUCCAGAUGGUAUCAUCUCUAAACCUAAGAAUUUAUAGAAGCACUUUCUUUCAGAGAUGAGCAUCCACAGCCAUGGCCCUGCAGGCUACACCUGAAGAGUAAUAUCAGUGUACAAUAGCUGUUUUCCUUAUUUAAAUAAAAGUUUGUAUUGUAGUUGGGAUUUCAGGGUUAAAUCCUGACUCUGUCACUUCAUAGUGUGUGAUCUUGUACAAUUCAUCUCUCAGUAUGACUCCUUAGACGUAAAAUGGGAAUAUUACCAGCCUCAACCUUGGGUUGUUUUGAGGGUCCAAAUUAAAUGAAUUAAAUUAAUGCAUGUAAAGCAUUAACAUGUUAAUUAUUAUAAAAUAGGACUGUAUGGAACCAAAGUGAGUAGCAGUUACUACUGUGUGAACAUGGUCGUUAAGAAGGAGCUUUUCCAGGAUAGCAUUUCUCACGGUAAAGUUUCAGCUUCACUUAGGUUAUCACUCUUAGGACUAUAAUGCUCAAAGUGUUUCCUUAUUUUGUUACAACUAUGUGACUUUGUUAGUCUAUUAAUUUUUAGCUGAUUUUCCAGAAAAAUUAAAUAAGCACAUCUUCUCAGAUUAAAUAAGUACUUAGGGUAUGUAGAGAAUUAGCCUAUAUAUUAUGUAAGUGAAAACACCUCUGGCCUGUCUUUAAAAGAUAUUUCAUCAAAUACAAGUGAACACAACUUCUUUAGACUUUGGUGAAACCUCUUAUAUUAAUUUAAGGAUGUAGGUUCUGCCUGUUACACACAUAAGUUGUGAAAACUCCAAUAAGGAAGACUACAGAAACAAUAUUAUUUGUAAAAGGAAAUAAAUAAGAAAACUUCUAGGUAAUAUUAUUUCCCCUACUGCCCAGUGUGCCUGUUACAUUGAAAACCUUUGUUUUCAAAGUAAUGUGUAGAUGUGAUAGUAACAGUUCCUGUUUUAACACUGGAAUACAACUUUUCAUUCCCUUUAAAAUGGAUGCGCAUAGUGUUGUUUUUUCCUAGGCUCAAAGCUGGGUACUCUCCCAUCAUUCUAAUAAUCUUUUAGGCAAGUCCUAUGACAAUUAUACCAACAAAUUUCCUCAAACAACACCCACCACCCUAUCACCCAUAUUUUCUGCUUGUCCCUACUCUUUUCACCCUUUCCUCUGCUAUUACCACUGGUAUUUCUGCUUAUACUUGAAAAUAAAAAGUAAUUCCAGAUUUUACAGCAAACUCAAGGACCCUGCUCCGUAGUCUGGCUCCUGUUGAAGGGAGAGAAAGGGGGAGAAGCAGGAAGGACCAUCAUGGGUUGAGAUCAGGCACCACCAGAAGCCCAGCAUGUAUUUUAAAAACAGGCUCUUGGACACAUUCCCAGAAGAGAAGUCUUCACUGGCUUGGAGAACAAGAAGGACUAUUUCACAAAUACCACUGUGUUUGAAUUUCUAGAGGCUACCCAGGCCAAGAAUACAUCCCUAGGAGAGAAAAAGAUACACAAACUUAGACUUCCAACCUAGAUACAUUCUUUUUAACUGUCUUAAACAAUUAGGUUCCUAGAUAAUCUCUGGCAGCAUCAAGUGAAAUGGUAUUAUCCAAUAGGAAUACAGGAGAAUGGGCCUAAAAGUCAGAAGUAGAGGCAAUAAACAGAGUCCUGUGCUAAUCUACUGGAAAGGAUUUGCGAUAGGAAAUAGCAAUGCCCUCUUUCAUGGAUACAGGUAAAUCCCAGGAAAAAGUUAAGAGCAAAAUCUUCAGAACUAAACACCCUCCCCACAUCCACCAUAUUUAACACCCUAUUGAGCUACCUGGUUUGUUGUCUGUAGGCAACCUCCCAUAUGUUACAAAAUAUUACCAAUAUACCAUUUACCCACUUCUCUCCAAACUCUUAAUUCCCUCAGUGGUCUGAUAGGUACUAAGGAGAUAAGCUAGCACUCAGAAACGCAAACAGCUUAAUGUGUCAUUCUCUGUAUUUUUAAAAAACAUAGAGGUAAUGUGAUAACUGAAAGGAGUGAACUGUUAAUUACAUCAUCUCUGGCUAUAUGGCAACUAUAAGGUCUUUUUAAGCAGGAUGAACUUUUCCAGUAGCCCCUCCAAUCAGAAUAUAUAGACAGCAACCUACUCUAUUUAAUAUAAGGGAACACUGAUUAUAUGCUCAAGGUUACCAUGCUUCUCAACAGUUAAUUUAGCAAUACCUAGCUUAUAAGAAAGAAAACUGUAAACUCACCUGCAGUGUUUCACCACACACUCAUUGCUGCAGUACUCAUUGUCCCAGUCCUUACUCACAACAGGAGGGUUCUCACACCCUGACCUCACACAUCGAGGCUGGGGGGAGAGCGGCACAGGAGACGCACUCACCAAUUCAACAUCCAUCUGAGAAGGAGACUCGACCUAUGGGAGAAAGAGAAUAUCAAAUAUAGACUAGGCUGCUACUUGUCUGACUAGCCGGCUAGUCAAAUUUGCCCUCAGAAUCAAUGCAGUAACAAGUGUUAAAAUCCCUCACAUACCUCAGUGAAAUUCUUGGUCUCUCCCUCUAGAACCUAACUUUAGAACUUUGCCAAGUAUACUGACGUGAAAAGUCUUCCUAUUGGGGAGGCUAGACACAAGCUAGGUCUCUUUUUAAUCUUACCCAUCACUGACUAUUCCACACUUGAAUUAUACUCCUUUGAAAUACCAAAUCAAAAGUAGAAUGUGGGCAGAAGUUGAAUCACCUCAACUAAGCAAGAUGGGAAAGGCCAAGAAGAAAAAAUGCGAUACUGUUAGAAAAAGGGACAGAACUCACAGAUUCAUAAAGUUUCCUCCUGGUUGGGUUUUUUUUUCUUUUAAAUGAUUGCUUCAUUAAUCAGAGCCAGACUCUCAAAAAGUCCCGUAUUUUAAGAUGACUACUGGUCAUGUACCAGUUAAACUAGGGUAGCUGCCGUCUGUUUAUAUCUCUUUUGAAAGAUUUAAUGAUAUGUGCCAACUGUAUUUUCUGGGCCAUUUCCCCCUCACUGAAAACAUCAAGCAAAGCACUCAAGACCUAGAAGAAUGGAAGGAUUCAUACUGCCAAAACUUUGGGGUGGAGAGACACCUCUGAAAAGAAACUGUGUAGGCUGUAUCCUCUAGUCAAACUACUGUUGCCUCUGCUUAGUGAAGGAGUGGUCUGUGAAAGCAGGCCCCCUUGUUUCUCAUUAGGGCAUUUUGGGUGGGACAAGUCAUUACUUUGGGAAACUGUCCUCUAUACUGCAGGAUGUUUCAUAUUCCCAAUGCGCCAGGGAUUAAAUGCUAGUAGCAAUCCUCACUUUUACUGGGUCAGCCAAAAUUGCUCUUAAACACUUCUACCGGUCUAAAGGAAAGAUCUGAGAACAGAAGCUCACCUCAGGGACUACAUCUGUGAUCAUCUCACAGAUUGUCUCAGGAGAGGUUGCCUCCACUGUAUGGGCCUCAGGGCUACUGUUCAUAGGCCGCUCAGGACUACUUUCAACAGCUGGUGGAACUAAGGUAGUUUGCACUUUCAGAGUGGGCCGAGGCACAAUCUUGAUCUGCAGAGGAGGUGGCUGUUGCUGUAAAUUGAAUCGUACUUUCUGAGGUGGAGGCUGUUGCAUGGCCUGGAGUGGGGGAGGCUGCUGCAGAAUGGUCACUUGCUGCUGAGUAGGGGGCUGAGGCAUCUGUUGUAAUGGAGGGGGCUGUAGUCGGGGUGGAGGCAGUUGCAUAGAAGCAGCAGCUGCUGCUGCUGCCUGCAACACUGACCGAGUGACAAUCUGGGCUUGCUGACUGGGCUGGAUAGUAGCCGUACUGGUUUGGCCAAGCUGGAGCCCCCGGGAGGUCACCACUGUAGCUGGGAUAACAGUAACCAUCCCUCCUUGAGACAUGGUAAUAGAAGAGGGCAACAUCUGUUUGGUUAUAAUCAACUUGGUGAUAUUGGGCUGGCCCCCGGCCCCUGAAGAUGCCUGGUUUGCAACAUACGAUGAAAGGGUGGAGUUGACAACAAUGGAAGGGGACAGCGCAGGUGGCUCUGUUGGAGCUGGUGCUGGAGAUGCUGGGUCAACGGUAGCCAUAGGAGGUGGAGAAGGAGUCUGUGCUGGUGGCACCGGAUCCAAUUCUACUGUUUCCACAGUGGCCUGAAAGAGAAAAAAAAAGUCAUUAGGAGAUUUACCAACUGUCUACUCCAGGACAUACUCUAGUCACCUCCUAAGAAAAGAUAUAAUACAGGUUUAAAAAAGAAAAUAAAGAACACCCAUAGGUGCUUCCCUGGUGAAAGUAAACACUGGAAACUAAAACUCAGACUGGCAAGGUUUUACACACUGGAAAUUACAGAAAAGCUAUUAAGACAUUUUUAAGCUUUCAGUACUAUAUUGUAUGAAUAAGCUUCACAGAGUUUGGGUGGUAUUUAUUUCUUAAAAAAAAAAAAACCAGCUCAAAGAAUUUCUUUCUGGUUUAAGUAUCCGCCUACAGUAGUAUCCACUACAGUUACCUCCUUACCUGACACUCCUGGUUGUCUUUAUAAGCGGCCAGAGCCUUCAGAUACUCUUUCUUGGCAGCUUCAGUUUUCCGCUUAUAAACCUGCAGGGAGUACAGACAGUUUAAAGAAGAUCUCCACACUCCUAGAAAAGACUGAUAAUUCUGUAUUAUUCAUCAAUAAAUGACGAUUCACCUCAGGCUAAUCACUGACAACUCCUAGUGAAUACACUUCUGAAAGAUAACAAUUACGACAGCCUCCAUGGCAGACUCACUCAAAUGAGCAUUCCUCUGAAAGCCAACCAAUCAGCGAGAGUCUUGCCAGAAUAACUAUGCUACUAAACUUCUAACCACUUCUAACAUCAACCCAUGUCCACCUCUGUAAACAAAACCCUGACCCAAAAACUACAUAUAAGAUCAGCAGUUUGCUUAGCCUAAGGACCAUGCCUCACCAGUAUAGUCUCCUUUAAAGAAUGUGAUAAAUUGUUUGCAAAGAUGGUCAGAACAAUCCCUCCCAUCCCGCAUGCCCCUCCCUCCCAUCGAGAACCAAAGUCUUAUUUCCCCUUCCUUUGAGUCUGGGCUAGCUCUGUCACUUGUGACCAUUAGAAUGUGGCUGAGGUGACACUGAGACUUAAGAGGCCUUGAGGCAUCUGUUUUGCUUUCUUAGAAUGCUGCUCUAAGUCUGCCAUAUUGUAAAGAAGCUAGUCUAUCCAAUUUGGAGGAUGAGAGGCCAUGAGAAGAACCAAGGCAUCCCAGCCAACAGGCAGCACCAACCGACAAACAUGGGAAUAAGGUCAUCUUGGCCAGCCAUACCGUCAUUUGACUACAACCAAAGGAAUGAACCCAGGCAAGAUGAGCAGAAAAAUGACCCAACCAACUCAUAGAAUCAUAAGAAAUAACAAAUUGCCAUUAGUUUUAAGCCAUUACAUUGGGGUGGUUUGUUGAGCUGCAAUACACAACUUACACAAUAAUACAUUCAGCUUUUUGUUUCAGAUAUUAAGUAGUGGAUUCUGACACAAGAAACUCAGAGUCUAGGGUAAUGACAAUGAUAGCCAUCUUCUACUUCAACUGUAUAUUUAUAUAGUAUCACAAUUUCAUUUAUUUUCUUAACCCAGAUUAAACUUUUUUAAAUAAUUUUAUUUUGUUAUUGUUGAGAAAAUAUACCCAGCAAAACCAAUUCAACAGUUUCUACAUGUACCACUUAGUGACAUUACAUUCUUUGAAUUAUGUAACCAUUCUCACUCUCCUUUUCUGAGUUGUUCCUCCCUCAUUAACAUAAAUUUACUGCCCCCCUAGGUUUCUAUCUAAUCUUUCAAGCUGCUGUUGUCAAUUUGAUUCCAUAUAGAUAGUUCUUCAAAGAGCAUAAUUCUCAAGGCAGACAUUUUUUACAAGUUAAGGAAAACUACUGUUUGGUUUUUAAGAAGACUUGAGAAGAUAUUUUUGGUUUAAGGUUUAAAGAUUAUCUCAGGGCAACAGUUUAAGGGGUUCAUCUAACCUUCAUGGCUCCAGGAAGUCUGGAGUCCAUGAGAAUCUGAAAUUCUGUUCUGCAUUUCCCCCUUUUGAUCAAGAUUCUUCUAUGGAAUCUUUGAACAAAAUGUUCAGUAAUGGUAGCCAGGUACCAUCCAGUUCUUCUGGUCUCCUGGCAAAGGAGGCAGUUGUUCGUGGAGGCAAUUAGCCACACAUUUCAUAUCCUUCUAUUCCUGUCUUCUUCCUCUGCUGUUCAGGUGAAUACAGACCAAUUGUUGUGCUUUGGAUGGCCACUUACAAGCUUUUAAGAUCCCAGGCACUAUACAUCAAACGAGGAGGUAGAACAGAGGUACUAAACAUGUUAUUAGGCCAAUUAACUGGGAUGUCCCAUGAAACCACGGCCCUACCUGAUUAAACUUUCUUAAGGGAGAUUAACCAUGGUUUUCAAGUUUACAUUAGGCCAGUGAGGAAAUCCUAAAUUAACUUCUAAAUCCAAACUAAGUAAUGGACUUUAGGGUUAGCCACCUUAGCAUGCAACUUACCAAGGAACAGCCUAAUUUUAAAGAUGUGAAAAAUGAGGCUUAGAAAAGUUAAAGAACUAAAAACUAAGCAGUUGAAAAUAGAUCAGGAAUUAUAAGACACAAUUAGUAGAAAGCACAUGGGGCUUGGAAUUAAAAAACCUGAGCUUGUCUCAGCCCUACCAUUUAAGUUAUAUGGCCUUAACUAUCAGUAUACUGACAAAGCCCAUUUCCACCUUCAGUAAAAAUGGUAGUUAUUUUAUAAGAUUUUUGAAAGGAUUCAGUGUUUUUAUAAUUAUUAGUACUUUUUAAGUGGGUUUUUUGGUUUCACUGUAUGGCUGCAACUUGUAAGAUAUACAGCUGACAUUAUAAGGGCAUGUAAGACAACUAUAGGAAAACCUCUUGAGUUCUUAUCUCCUUAAUCAAAAACUUCUAGAAUAUUUACUAUCCACUAGUUCCUCAUUAUUUGCUCACCUGUUUCUGCUCUUCUCCAAGACUGUCCCACAUAGAGGCCACAAUUUUUGAAACCUCUCCAAAAGUGGCAUUGGGAUUCUGUCCCUUGAUGGCAGCCUGUGUAUCACGAAAAAAUAAAGCAUAUGCUGAAACUGGUUUUUGAGGUUCAUUAGGAUCUUUCUUCCUUCUCUUCUUUGGGGCCUUCUGCUUUUUCCCUGCUUCCACCACAACUGUCUUCUGGCUCGGAAGUUGCUGUGGGGGAAAACAAAAGAGAAUUAUAAGAAGGAAGAAGGGAAGUACUAUGUCCAGAGAACUGUAAGAAAAGGACUUUUAUCUGAGGGGGAAGUUAUCUAGCCCCAUGAAUGAAAUUUUCAGAAAUGCUAAAAAUAGAGCCAACAGGAUUAAAAGACAUUAGUAAAGUAUGUGAGAACCCGUAAGAACAGGAUUAGGAAGAGCAUUAUGAACUGGAAGUGAAAAGGCAGGACCCCAUACCCAGAAACAGCAGAGGAAAAGGCAGGGCAGGAAUAAGGAACAGUGAUUAGGUUCUGUAUGCCAAGAGUUUUAACCCAGAGUAUCAUGGCAGAAUUGAUUUUGGCAGGGAAUGCCUCACCCUCCGGAAAUCCUCAACACCAUCCUCAUGAAGUGAACUAGUAGGUGAAGGGGUGGUUGAAAGACGAUCCUCAGGUGACUGGGCAGGUGGCAGGAUGGUGCCACCCCCUAAGCUCAAACCAAGUUGAGAACUCAGUUCUGACUGAUCAAUGGUGGUCAACUGGCUAUGGCCCAUCAAGCCAGAUGUCAUGUCCGUCAUUGGUACAUCAAUUGUAACAGGUGGGUUGGCACUAUACUGAGUUCCUAUAGAAUGGUCCAAGUCCUGAGAGAAGCAGAAGGACUAAUUAAACACUAAAUAUAAAAAUCACCACACUUUCCCCCUGAAUUCAGGACAGUUUAUAAAUCCCCUGCUUACCCAGAUUAUAUCAUUGUUUAAACCCUACAAAACAUAACUUGUCUACACAUAAAACAGAUUAAGCUUUUUAGGAAAAUACAGAAAUUAGUAAAUUCACUUCUUUGCACUCAGAGGCCUACUCCAGAGUAACUGAAAAAUCAGAGGAGUCUUAAUAUUGGACAAGUUACCUUAAAGAACAAAUUACUCAGUAAUCUAGAGGCAGUGACCACACCCAGGGUAAAGAAAAACUUCCCCUCAGAGCCCUCCCAAAAUAAUGGCUUUUAAAGUUGCAAUACACAGGCAACCAGAGUAAAUAAGGCCAAUGUUAGAAGUGUUUGGCAUCAAAUAGAGCAGAGAUAUGCUACUAAGAUGUGCUGGAAGCCUGACACACUGACUUAAACACAUACUGAUUCACAAUUAAUACUACAUUUGGCUGAUAAUUUUUUAAUAAAUCUCUCAAAAUGUCAGCUAUCACACUCAUAUCUGCAUACUAGAAUGUUAAGGCCAUAAAAAAAGGGAAAGAAAAACAAAACUAACUAGGCAGUGUACUGACUGAGCCCCAGUUUCCACCUUCAGUAAAGAGGGGAAAGUGGUAGCUUUUUUCCCUCUACAAAAAACAUAAUCAUUUUCACUUCAGGGUUAAAUUUGAACAUUUUACCAUUUUAAAUAUUUUUCAAGUAAGAUUGACCCAUGUGGUAAAUCUCAUUUAUUCAGAGGAAAUUAAGUCUCUGUUGGUUAGCCUUUAGUCCCAAUAAUGGAAACAAGUAAGAUCCAAGUAUAGCAGGGAAUACAGAAUUACUUUUUUCUCUCCUAACAUCGUGCCUAUGAGCUUGGGUAAGCCUAUAAUGCUUUGCCCCUUACCAUGCUCAAGCCCCCACUCAGGAGCCCCCCGCCCUGCUCCAUCAAGCCAUGGGUCAUGCCAACAGGCAUGUCCAAUGUCUGGACCCCAUAUUGGGCUGAAAAGCUGCCAUCCUGUGAGGAGGAAGGGUCUGCCAGGUCAUCAAAGUGGCCAACCACAUCUGAGACAGCCAGUGAGGGAUCAGAAUCCAAGGAGAUAGGUGGAAUUUCAAAUUCCUCAUCACCCAAGCUUGGUGUAUGGAAUGUCUGUAGGGGGAAAAAAGGAGAAAAGAAUUAGACAGUGGGAAAAGGAACUGCAUACUGCUAAGUGAAGAACACAGCUGGGUACUAGAGAUUCUCAGUGUACCUCUUUUCAGCUGGGAUCCUACUUUGGUUAUCAAUUUCUUAGGACUUACUUAAUUUUACAAAGAAACCUUUUCUUCCUCGUACCCUUCAUCAUAUGCCACAUACAAGGCUGCCAACAUCAAUCACAAAUUUCAAUUAUUUUAUCUCUUUUCUACCUUCUCAUCUUUGUUGUCCUAAACUAUUAUGCCUAUUGUUCUCAUGAAUAAUUCUUUCAGCACUAUUAGUAAGGACCCAACCUAUAUAACCUCUAGCUAUCAUGCUUGAAAUCUCUCUGAAGAUUCUAAUAAACAGCAGUUAUUUCACAAUUAUUACACCUGCAGUGUUACACCAUGAAAAUUACUGUCAACCAGCCAAUUAUACUUUAAAGACUAUUGUUUUAGGUUUCUUUGAAGAUCUGUCACUGGAACCUUACACCCCUCUAAAAUAUUUGCACGUAGUGCCAAGUUUCCUACCUCUCCUCCAUUUUAGAAAUCAUAAUGUUACCCACAAAUAAAAGAUUCUCAUUUGUACAAGAUUUUCAAAAAACUCCAGUAAUGCCAAAGAUAAGAAUAAUAGUGAGAGAAAAGCCUUCAUAAAAGCUACAGCGAAGAGAGAAACUGGUUCUUCAACAGUUCCAGAACACAUUCCUUGUCUUGCUCUGACCAAGCCUUUCUGCAAGGGAGGAGGAAAAAGAUUACUCCAGCUGGCUAAAGACCCAAAUCUCUCCUCUGAGUCCAACCAGACCAAUAAUAUAUUCUUUCUAUUCUGAAUGGAAUCAUCAUUUACGCAGCUAACAGAUUCAAUGCCUGAUCUAAAAUAUACUAACUGCUACAGUUCCCUUUUUGACCCUACAAUGCAGGCAUCUGCAACAAUAGAGCAUUAUUUUAAAAAAAAAAAAAUCAAGAUACUUAGGUGUCAGAGAGAUCUGAGUUCAAGUCCCAGCUCUGCCACAUAUCAUGUGACCUUGGUUUUCCUCAUCUAUAAAAUGGGAACUGUAAUUGUAAUACCCUCAUGAUUAUGAGGAUAAAAGAGAUUUAGUGCACCAAAGCUAUCACAGUGCCUGAUACACAUAGCUGCUUAAUAAACCAUUAUUAACCACUGUGGUUAAUGAUAAUACUAAUACCCUAAUUAUUAUUAUUAACCUGCCACCUGCCCCAACCAAUUAUCACAGAUAAUUGGAAUCAACCUAUCAUAAAAAAAAAAAAAAAUUUUUUUUUUUUUUU